AUGCAGAUCUUUGUGAAAACUCUCACUGGCAAGACAAUCACUCUCGAAGUUGAGAGCAGUGAUACCAUUGAUAAUGUCAAAGCCAAGAUCCAGGACAAGGAAGGAAUUCCCCCAGACCAGCAAAGGUUGAUCUUUGCUGGCAAGCAGCUUGAAGAUGGCAGGACCCUUGCUGACUACAACAUCCAGAAGGAGUCAACCCUCCACUUGGUGCUUCGUUUGAGGGGAGGCAUGCAGAUCUUUGUUAAGACUCUCACCGGAAAGACCAUCACCUUGGAGGUCGAGAGCAGUGACACUAUUGACAACGUGAAGGCUAAGAUCCAGGACAAGGAAGGCAUUCCCCCAGACCAGCAAAGAUUGAUCUUUGCUGGCAAGCAGCUUGAAGAUGGCAGGACCCUUGCUGAUUACAACAUCCAGAAGGAGUCUACCCUUCACUUGGUCCUUCGUCUCAGGGGUGGAAUGCAAAUUUUUGUCAAAACUCUCACUGGUAAGACCAUCACCCUCGAGGUUGAGAGCAGCGACACCAUUGACAAUGUUAAAGCCAAAAUCCAGGACAAGGAGGGAAUUCCACCAGACCAGCAAAGGUUGAUCUUUGCCGGCAAGCAGCUUGAAGAUGGUAGGACCCUUGCUGAUUACAACAUCCAGAAGGAGUCAACCCUCCAUUUGGUGCUUCGUUUGAGGGGAGGCAUGCAGAUCUUUGUGAAGACACUCACAGGAAAGACCAUCACCCUGGAGGUUGAGAGCAGUGACACUAUUGACAAUGUGAAGGCUAAAAUCCAGGACAAGGAGGGUAUUCCCCCAGACCAGCAGAGGUUGAUUUUUGCCGGAAAGCAGCUGGAAGAUGGCAGGACUCUUGCUGAUUACAACAUUCAGAAAGAGUCCACACUUCACUUGGUGCUUCGUUUGAGGGGAGGCAUGCAGAUCUUCGUGAAGACAUUGACUGGAAAGACCAUCACCUUGGAGGUGGAGAGCAGUGAUACGAUUGACAAUGUCAAGACAAAAAUCCAGGACAAGGAAGGAAUCCCUCCAGACCAGCAGAGGCUGAUCUUUGCUGGAAAGCAGUUGGAAGAUGGAAGGACCUUGGCUGACUAUAAUAUCCAGAAGGAGUCCACUCUCCACCUUGUCCUGCGUCUCCGUGGUGGUUUCUGAAUGUUUCCAGUAACAAGCUGCGUUGAAUCUUUACAUGGCUUUAGAUUUCUGCUUUGAAGUAAUGUGUUUUUGGGAUUCUUGUUUAAUGGGAUUGUGUUUCAGUUGUUCAUGUUUUUGGAAGAUUGGUGGUGUUCGACAUUAUGUUAAAUAAAGUUUCUUUCUUAUUAGAACUAAUCUGCUGUCUCUUAUGUUAGUUUAUCUGUUUGAGGCUUCUUCCAAAUACUAAAUGGAAGCAAGAUCAGCUUGUCUCAACUCUUAACUUCUAAAAUUUGGUUGGACUUGUGGAUUUUGGUGCUGACAAAACUACCUUGUUUCAAUAUGGUUUCUAAGAAAUUGAUAAGAUGUGAUUGUAAAACAAUCCCAUUAAACAAGGAAACCGGAGUUGUUCAAUAUAUUGCCGCACUGCAAAAAAUUCAACGAAGGAAACCAGAAUUGGCCGUGAGAAUUUGAUGACCAAAUUAAUCUUAAUACAAAGUGAUAAGAAGUGAAAAACAAGACGGAA